AUGAUAGACAUAAUAAGCGAAAAAAACAAAAGCUAUGAUUUGAUGGACUCUUAUGAAUCUAAAAGUCCAAUAGAGAAUGAAACAAAUGAAAAUGCAAAGGUAGAUAUUAUUAAUGAAAGAUAUAUAAUAUGGAGGAAAAACACUCCAUUUUUAUAUAGUUCACUUUUAAAAAACAAAUUAGAUUGGCCAUCGUUAACAGUUGAAUUUUUAGGAAGCGAGAAUUCUUUUAAGUCAAAAACCAAUUAUUUUACAAAUAAAAUACUUUUAGGUACACACACGUCUAAUCAAGAUUCUGAAUAUGUAUACAUAGGUGAAAUUAAAUUUCCAUUAUAUUCUACAAAGGAAGAUGUACUACAAUAUGAGAAUUAUACAGGUUUUAUAAGUAAUAAAAAGAAAAGAAAAGGUCAUCCAUUACCAUCUUUUGAAAUAAAAGCAAAACUGUUACAUCCAGGUGAAGUGAUAAGAGCUACCCAUUUACCCAAUAAUUCGUUUUUUAUAGUUACACAAACAUAUAAUGGAAAUAUAUUAUUAUUUGAUUAUACAAAACAUCCUUCAUUUCCUUCUGAUAUAUCUACAUGUUACCCCCAGAUGAUAUUAAAAGGACAUACAAGUGAAGGAAGUGGCUUAUGCUGGAAUAUUAAUAAAAUAUAUAACAACUGUAGUAAUAAAAAUACUAAUGUAUUUAAUGAUGAAAAUGAAAAUGACGGAACAGAAGGUACUGAUGAUCCUUCCAUGGACGUAAACACUAGUAACCUACUGUUAGCCUCAUGUGCAUCCGAUGGAAGUAUUUGUCUAUGGGAUAUUAACAAAGGAACAAAAAGUAAUGAAGUACCAAGGACAUAUGGUAUUAAUAAAAUUGGAAAAACAGCUGAUUAUAAUAUAAAAAUUUAUGAAAAUACUCCAACUCUAAGUCCUUUAUGUACAUGGACAAAUAAAAAUAAAGAAACAUCUUUAAAUGAUGUGUUUUUUCAUCCCAAAUUUAAUAAUGCCCUUGGUGUGUGUGAUGAUGAAGGAUAUAUGAGUUUAUAUGAUAUAAGAAAAAAAUAUUUUUUUUCAAAACCUGAAAUAAAUUUUAAAGAUCAUAACGAACCAAUGAAUACAUUUUCUUUUGAUAAUUUUUCGGAUUAUAUUUUUUCAUGUGGAUAUACUGAUGGAUUAAUUUCUAUAUGGGAUAUGAGAUUUAAUAAAGAAUCUUUACUUAAAAUAGAUUAUCAUACUCAAAGUAUUAACAGAAUUAAAUUUUGCCUGAUGCAGUCAGGUGUUUUUGGAUCUUGUUCAGACGAUGGAAUUGCUUGUAUCUGGGAUAUUUCUAGAAACUCAGUAAAUUAUGAACAAGUCAGAAAAUUAGAUGAUGAUAUUUAUAAUAACCCCAAAAAAAUACCAAAACAGUUAUUGUUUGUUCAUGGGGGUCAUGUUGGAAGUGUUUAUGAUAUGUCCUGGGCGAACAGCAACACGUUCUUGGUCGCUACUGUUGGGGUCGAUAACUCGCUGCAAGUGUGGCACAUGAAUGAACAGUUCAUAUUUCAGUGA